AUGCUGAAGAUGUGGUCUUCGUCAUCUUGAGUCAACCGAAUCCAUAUCACUUGGCCCGAGCGCAAGAGCUCAAGAACAACAUCCAGGCACAAUCCAAGGAUCAAUUCGUCGUCCAUUUAUCACACUUGGAUUUCCCACAUGCCGGCGGCUGGACGAUAAUCCCGUUGAUCCCGCAGCUCUCGCGUCUGCAUGGAUCCAACUCCAGUUUCAUCGUUUUCCUGGAGGACGGGACGAGGGUCAGACUUGGACGUCUUCUGGACACGUUACGCACUCGCAGAGGAAAGGAUGAAGUGUUUUUGGGCUACGCUCUGCACGAUCGUGAACCUUCCAUAAUCCAUCAUUUCGCCUUCUACGAGGAUCCGACGAGUUUCAAAUACCCAAAUCUAGCGUCAGGUUUUGCCAUCAGCACUGCACUUCUGCUUAGGUUGAACGAAAGGUUGCGACGUGAGAAUAUGCCGAAGACCGAUUUCAAUAUAGAUAGCGUUCACGAGUUUUCGCUCUUCGUGUGGAACGAUGGUGCAGGGGUGGCGUUAUCACACGAUUCCUCCUUCUGCGUGGCCGACGAGGGCGAAGCGUGCGCCACCCACGUGCGGCCCUUCGAAUCAUGUGGGGACGUCGCGCCUCGAGGAUCGAUCUACUUUGCGGUGAAGACGUGCUCCAAAUUCCACGAGGAUCGCGUGCCCAUCGUGAAGAAGACGUGGGCAAAACACGCAGCAAUUCUUAGGUUUUUCAGCGACGUCGAAGAUGAUACAGUUCCUACUGUAACAUUGGGAGUCGCCAAUACCGAGCACGGACAUUGCGAGAAGACGUUUUCCAUCCUCAGGUACAUCAACAGAGAAAUCGAGAACAGAAAUUCGGAUAUUCGAUGGAUCUUCAUUGCUGAUGAUGACACAAUCCUCAGCGUGUCCGGCCUGAGGGCACUCCUCGGCUGCUACGAUUCUGGUGAUGCGGUGGCUCUCGGGGAACGGUACGGUUACGGAAUGUCCGCCCCGGGCGCCGGCUACGAUUACAUCACGGGCGGCGGUGGAAUCGCAAUCAGCCGCCCCCUACUUUCGCGCCUCGCACUCAACUGUUCCUGUCCAACCGCCUCCGCCCCGGACGACAUGUACAUGGGUUUGUGUUUGAAGGAAAUCGGAACAGUCAUAACGCAUUCGCCUCUCUUCCAUCAGGCGAGACCCAUGGAUUACGCAGAGGCAUAUCUUCGGUCUUACAGCGCCGUUUCAUUCCACAAACACUGGAUGGUCGAUCCCAUCAAAGUCUACAACAGUUGGUUUGCAUAUGCAGACACUGUCGCAGCACACACGGAGCUCUGAAGCAAAAACUACUUAAUCCAAUCAGUAUUUCUGUUUUAACUGUUUGUUACCGCUUUUCACCAAAUAAAAUAUUUUCAUACCAAA